CAUAUGAAAGUUAAGAGAUCUGGAGAGCACACCAAAAAAUGGCUUCCUUUGUGCCUUUACUGUUACUGUUCCUAUGUUUGCAGGUGGCUGUUCUGGAAGCAAAAAUUUUGAAACCAUGCGACGUAGCUUCAGCGAUGAUCCAGUUGGGCCAAAAGAAAACGAAAGCGGCAAGCUGGGUUUGCCUUGCAAAAUUCGCUAGUGGUUUCAAUACUCAAGCCUUGAAUGGACCUCUUAGUGAUGGAAGCUACGAUUUUGGAAUAUUCCAGAUAAACGACAAGUACUGCAAAGCAGGAUCCAAACAGAGUUGCGGAGUAUCGUGUACAGAUUUGGUGAAAGAUGAUCCAAUACCGAGCGCAAAAUGUGCUUUGAAGAUAUUUGAUAAAGAAGGUUUCGGCCAUUGGUCAUCUUGGAAGAACAAUUGUCAAAAUAUAGAUACGUCACGUUUCAUAACGAAGUGUUUGUUGCGUUCGAUAACAAGGGACGGAAGAGGAUCCGGAUGAACUCUAUAGAAGAAGGAACUUGCCUUUCUUUACAUAGGAAAAAUAAGACUUGAUUCAAUUUUGUAAAAAUUUUCAAGCUAAUUGCACAUAAAAAUAUCUCGAUCAAUUUAUAUUUUUAAUAAAUUUUUAAUUAAAACUCU